AUGCUAUCCAAGGCUACCCCAAGUUUCGGGCUCUACAUUGUCUUCAAAAAUAUUGCACAUCUAAAGCAAGUAUAUGCAAAACCCGAAGAUUCGCAAAGUAAUAAAUUUGAUAAGAUCGGAACAGUCGUAUCCAAAAUCCUGGGCGACGAUUUUGAAAAGUUAAAGGACGAUUCAAUUCAUAGCUGCUGGAAUUCCGAUUUACUAAAAGAUCUUUACCCUGCAACGACGAAACUGCAAAAAAUGUCAAAAAAUUACGAGAGGAUGUACAAACCAUAUAUAGAAAAUGUCAUCAUGUCGGCUUUUCUCAAUACAAUACUGCAUGAUGAUGUUUACCGAGUGUUUGCAAGAAACUUUUCUGCAUAUAUGGCUUCAGGGAACGAAGGAAUUCCCAUUGUUCAUAAAAUUAAGAGCCUUCAAUACGGCAGCCAUUUAUUUUCAUUAGACGAUUGGGGGAAAUUAUACAAUUCCUCAAGUAUGAUUUCAGAACUCCUGCCUUACUACGCCAGAACUGCCCAAUCGCAUAAGAGGAUGUCACGUGUAUGUAACCAUAUUGAGGAUUUUUUUGAUGAAAUAUGUUUGUCUGAAUGGAGUACCAUUGAUGAAGCUGAAAUUUUAGACGACUGCAUCGACACUUGCACCAUUUUGGAUCGAAAAUUUAUACAUAUUGUGCUUGCCGGCUCUGAGGGCUAUCCAGAUAAAAAUUUCUGUGAAUAUAAAGCAUUUAACCAAACGUGGCUAGAUCUCGUAAUAAGCAAGCAUGCUGAAUAUAAAACUAGAACGUUAUGCCUUUUGGAUCUGGCAAAACAUGGUAGAGAAGUUUCAAAGCGACUGCCUCACAACGAAUAUCUACGGUGUAGUAGUGGUUAUGAAGCGGGUAAAUAUUUUACCGAAUCGUUAAAACCGGCCUACGAUGAAUUAAAUUCGUUGUGUAAAACUACUGUUGACUCUUGUAACAAAUAUGUUAAAGAAAUAUCACUCAUCGUUCAAAACGUAAAUGCGUUUAAAACAAAUUCUGAGGACAAGCUUAAGCAAGAGCUUGGACCCUGUGAUGAUAUGCUUAGCUCCGCAAGGACAAAACAGAAAGAAUUCUGUACCUGUGAAUCGUACAUGUUGAACGGUGUCUGGGUUGGCAGUAUUUUAUUCUUGUUGGGCACGCUUUUGACUCUCCUGCUAUUGCCAUGCUUACUCUGUCUGUUCGUCAAAUGUAGCGAAGAUGAUUGUAUGUGCAGAUAUUAUAAAGGAAGAAGAGAUGAAGAAGGCGAUGAAAGCGAGGAAUUGGCACAUUCAAUAGUAUUGCCAGCAAUAACGCUACCAAAGCAUGUAAUCAACUCCCUACAAGAAGAUCCGCGGGUUAACUACAAAGUUAAGAAAAUUAAUUAA